GUCAAUUCUGCAAUCAGGCAGGCAGGAGCGAGGUACAAUAUAGCUUGAAGUUCAAAGUGAAGUCUUGUCGUCAGUCGGCAGUCGCGUCGUGUGAGUCAAUGGGAACAUGGCGACGACAAAAUAAUAACCUCUUCAGCAGCCGUCUUCUCGUUAUAAAUUCGCACGUAGCUCGUGGUAGCAGAAGCUCUGAGGCCUCCUCGGCGCAACUUUAAACUCAUUCUGACGAACGGUCCAAGUCUGCGCAAGGUCAGCUGUCGGGAUAAUCGUCCCGAGGGGUGCAGUUGCCAGUUGCAGCGAGGAGAAGCCGAUAGCUUACACCUACAUCGCUACUAGUGCGCAUACGAAUCAAGGAGAAGUAGAGGUGGGUGCAGGCUCUUCUUCGCAUUCUUACUUGCCACGCGGGUGAGUACCUGUCUCCGGUCUCGCCGCACACGCUUUCUGCACCGUUACUGCGGCUACUUAUUGCGAGCAGACGUGAGAACAACGUGCCUUGCGUCGCGAUCGCUGCUCGCCUUUUUCUACUGUGCAGACUGCAAGUGUGCACGGCUGUAUAUCUAUACACACGUACAAGUACAGAGAUAGCCGAUAGGUGAAUUAGCUGUAGGCAUCCGCGCCCCCAGCGAGGACGUAGCUCUACCCCUUUUCCGCGUCUUCGCCCUCGAAUCGGAUGUUCUUUCGGACUUUUCUGCUACUUGAAAGGCACACUAAAAUAUGAUGUCCGAUCGCAAGGCAGAAUUAGAAAGGAAAAAGGCCAAGCUUCAAGCCAUCAGGGAAGAAAAGGAGAGAAGAAGAAGGGAAAAAGAGCAAAAAGAUGUUGAAGAAGCUAGGAUUCGGGCUUCAACGACCAACAAAGAUCAACAGAAGGAGGUCGAUGCAUUGUUGUCGUCAUUUGGUGUUGCACCAGUCUCAGAGGUGCUAUCAAGUUUAUCCAGUGUAAAUUCGCUAGUUACUCCAGAGCAGAGUGUUACGGCUACUCCAGACACCAGCUUGCAGCCAAGUAGUAUAAGCUCAGCACACAGUGCACCGAAGAAGAGGAAUCGCGAACUCACCAUAGUUUCAGUAGCGCACACAAACAUUCCACCCAAAGAGCCGGUUGUCUACACUAAGCAAACGCAAACAGCGCAGGUCGUCCACGCAAGCCACGACGGCUACUAUGAGACCGACUGGUGGCGUCCCAGGAAAGACGAGUACAAUCUAAACCCUGGUUUAGAAUGGGAGGACGAGUUUACAGCCGAGGAUGAAGAGAGCAGUCUGCCGCAUCUCGAUGGCUUUCAAAGCAAGCUGCCGCCGGGGAUCCUGCCCCACGGACUGCCCCAGGUCAAGGAGGUGCAGCCGGCCAUCACCCAGGUGGAGAAGGAGAAGGAGAAGGAGAAGCCGAAGGAAGUGCGGGAGCUGAGCGAGGAAGAGAAGCAGAUGAUCAUCCUGUCGGAGGAGUUCAAGCGCUUCAUCGACAGGUCGAGCAGAAUCGUCGAGCGGGCGCUCGGCGAAGCCGUCGACAUUUACACGGACUACACCGGCACGAUGGACGGGGAGGACGGAAUGGACGACAAGAGCCACCAGUGCCUCUGGCUGAACCGCUUCUUCUUCGACGAGCGCUGGUCGCGCAACCGCUGCGUCACCGCCAUGGACUGGUCGCCGCAGUUCCCCGAGCUGCUCGCCGCCGCCUACAACAACAACGACGACACGCCCAACGACCCGGACGGCGUCUGCCUCGUCUGGAACACCAAGUUCAAGAAGACCACGCCCGAGUUCAUCUUCCACUGUCAGUCGCCCGUCAUGUCCACCACCUUCGCCAGGUUUCACCCGAACCUCAUCCUCGGCGGCACCUACUCGGGCCAGGUCGUCCUCUGGGACAACCGGGUGCAGAAGAGGACCCCCAUACAGCGCACGCCCCUCUCCGCCGCCGCGCACACACACCCGGUCUACUGCCUCAAGGUGGUCGGCACGCAGAACGCGCACAACCUCAUCAGCAUAUCGACCGACGGGAAGAUGUGCUCCUGGAGCCUGGACAUGCUGUCGCAGCCGCAGGAGACGCUCGAGCUGCAGAACAAGCAGUCCAAGCAGAUCGCCGUGACGCAGCUGGCCUUCCCCAGCGGGGACGUGAACAACUUCGUCGUCGGCAGCGAGGACGGGACCGUCUAUUCCGCUUGCCGACACGGCACGAGGGCAGGCGUGACCGAGACCUACGAGGGACACCAGGGCCCCAUCACGGGCGUCGACACGCACGCGGUGCCCGGCGGCAUCGACUUCUCCCACCUCUUCCUCAGCUCCUCCCUCGACUGGACCAUCAAACUCUGGAGCCUCAAGGAGAACAAGCCGCUCUACUCGUUCGAGCACAACAGCGACUACGUCUACGACGUGGCCUGGUCGCCGAGUCAUCCGGCCGUCUUUGCCGCGGUCGACGACUCGGGCCGGCUCGAUCUGUGGAACCUCAACCAGGACACUGAAGUGCCCACGGCCAGCGUCAUCGUCGACGGCUGCCCCGCGUUGAACCGAGUCUCCUGGACGCCGAGUGGUCUCCACGUCACGGUUGGCGAUGACAGUGGAAAGAUCUGGGUCUACGAUGUCGCUGAGCAUCUGGCGCACCCCCGGAUGGACGAGUGGAACAAAUUCUUGUACUGUCAGCAAGAUUUCAAAAACAACAAAGCCGACGAAGAAUUGGACAAACUGAACCUUAGCUCGGGACCAUCGUCGCUGUCGUCGAUGGCUUCGAUGACUUCGGCUCCGCUUAGAUAAGCACUCCACUAACAGCUAUUAGCUAUACUAUAACAAAACUGAGACCUCUUGUGUUUUUCUCGUCAUUAUCGCUGUCUCUUAUACAACUGGCUUUGAAAGAAAUUUUGUUUCUCCGCAAUAGCGUUGUCAUUGAGGAAAGAGAAACACAAAACAGACCUUCUAUAGAUAAUUAUUGAUAAGGAAUGUUGACAAGAACAUGAAUGGAAAAGGAAAAAAUAUGUAGCUCUAUACAUGUGCGCGCGCGCGUGUAACACCUGCAGGAAAAAGUGGUCGAGAAUUCGCUCUAUAAACGAAUUUGAUCUCUGCUAAAUCAAAUUCAUUAAUCAAUAUAUGAUAUGUAAAAAGUUUAAAAACGUAUUACAAGCUUUAUAUAAGAGCAUCAUAGUUAUUAUAAUUUAUUUAAUUGUAAGAGAGCUAUUUAAGAUUGUAAGGUUUCAGUGAUUGUUGAAAAUGAUGCGCUCAACUGACUUAUGUAAAUUGCUGUACAAGAAGCUUUUUUUAAAAGACAUUCUUUUUUUCAUAUUAUAUUAAUAAAAAUUUUGAAAGUCACGUA